AUGUACUCAGUGGAGAAGAAGGUCGCCCCAGGCGUGUUUCCUAGAGCCCCAGGCUCGACUACUUUAUCCUCGGAUAAGGUCCAGCUUGUCUAUAACAAGUUCACUCCAAAGAACCCAGCUGGCAAAGAUGCCACCAAGAUUAACCUUAUUUUCGCCCAUGGCUCGGGUAUGAACAAAGGUACUUGGAACUACCAUAUCCAGAAACUCUACGAGGCCAACCAGAACAACUCUAGCUGGAAGCUUAACAAUGUGAUUGCAGUGGACAACUUCAGUCACGGAGACUCUGCUGAGCUUAACAGAGAGAAGAUUGGCUGGACUUUUGAUUGGUGUGACAACGGUAAGGAUUUGGUUGAGGUUGUCAAACAUGAAAUUAGAACCACCGGUGACUUUGAGCCAAGUGGUUAUACCAGAAACAUCCUUAUUGGCCAUUCUUUGGGUGGAUACGCUGUGCUCUGGGCUGGUUUCCUUGAGCCACAGCUUUUCGAUUCGAUCAUUUCCGUCGAGCCAGUUGUUCAGUACACUCAGGCUUUGAACGAAUGGUUCUUCAAGCGUAUGAUCAAGGCUGGUAAGUUUAUUGAAAACGAGUACCCUAGCGUGGAAGCUGCCCAUGAGCACUUGAAGAAGAAGAGUUUCUACAAUGUCAUGGAGAAGAACGUUCUUGACGCUUUUGUGGAUGACGAAUUGGUCGUUAACAAGGACGGUACUGUUAGAGUUAAGGCCCAGAGAUUGCACCAGGUUGCCACCUACUGUGGUGUUUCCUACUCUGCCGAAAGAGGUAUGGGUAUUUUGAACCAGCUCGAGAUCCCAUUCUACCAUAUUACUGGUGCUGACGCUGUCUGGACUCCUCGUGAGUCUGUGGACUGGAUCAGAGAAGAGGUUCCUGAGCAUCUUCUCGAGACCGCAGACAUGCCAAAGGGUGGUCACUUGGUUCACGGUGAACAGCCACUUGAGCUGGUCAAGUUGUGGCUCGAAUUCAUUGACAAGCGUGCUGCUUUCGUUCAAGAACACAGAAAGAACUUACCUGAAGUGAAGUACAACGGCGACAGAAAGAAGAUCUUCAAUGAGCAAUGGAAGUACUUGGAAGCUGUUGACGUUGAGGGCUUGUACUACUUUGGCCACGUUCGUCCUAAGCUCUAG